CGAUAUCAAAAAUUCUUCGUUCUUUCCAAGACGACAGUUUUGGUCUCGGCGUAGAUAGAAAAGCAGGAAAAAAAAUACACAAAGACGUCCCAAGAAUGGUCUCCCCACUGGAAACUGAAAACCACUGAAGGUUUCCAUUUCUGGAGUUUAGGGUUUUUCCCCCAAUUGCUGUACCCCCUCGUGCCUCCAUUGCCGAUCCCAUCUGCUGCCGCCGUGCCCACCUGCCUCUUCUUGAACCCUAAUUCAUACUCCAUAGUUUUGGGUUUUCUUAAAUUUGUUGAUUUUGUGUGGGGAGAUGUAAUUUAGUUCGAUGGGGGAUGAAGAAAGGUGAGAUCUCCGGGCUUUGACGGAAAUUUCGAGAAACGAGGUGUUUUGAUGGAGAAUUCGGGUCCGGUGGUACUUGAUAUUAGCUCCGACGAGGAGGCGGAUUUUGGAGGGGCCAGCAAAGGCGGCGGCUUCGGCGGACGUGGGUUUUUGGACCGGGAUGAUUGUGAGUGGCUGUCGGAGAUUUUGUGUGAAGUGGGUGGGAAUAAUAAGGGCGAUGACUCGGAUGACAUCGUGUUGAUCGGUGAGACUUUUCAAAAUCCUACCAAGAAAUCGAGGUGGGAUCCUUUGAGGCCUUGUGGUAAAUUUGCUGGUGGUGCUGAUGAUGAUGAUGAUUGUGUGGUUUUGGAAGGUGAUCCUGAUAAACCGGUGGCCGUGACUGCACCUGCACAGACUGCAAACGGCGUUAAGGGAGUUGGUGAUGAUGAUGUUGAUGGAGAUGAUGUGGAAAUUGUUGCUGAGAAAGGCGAGGUUGCAUGCAGAGACUUCCCUCACGCUCGACAUCUUUGUGCUAAAUUUCUCUUUGCUUCAACUGUGCAUGAGAUCCAUUGUGGCCAGUGCCACUGUUACGUGUGCGACUCAGUGGCCCCAUGCCCUCACUGGGGGACCGGAGCUUCCAGCGUUGACCACUGCCACGCGACCGAUAAAGACGACUACUGGCGGGCCGAGCGUAAACGUACCAAGAACGCCCUUCUGAAUCCCGCGCCAGCUGUCCCCCACCUCAACAACACCGGCCCACCUAGACCCCUUUUUCCUCAGACGCGAGCCCCACCGCGGCCCGUCCCCAUCCGGGCCCCCACCACCAUGCCAUCGGGCUUCAGCAGGCCCGUCGCCAUCCCGGCCCAUCAAGCCCGGGCCCACGUGGCCCCGGUUUACAGGCCCCAACCGCAGCCCUUGAGCAAAGAUCCAAUCUUGAAGCUGAACAAUAUCGUCCCACCACUCGGGCCUCACCGGCCGAGAAACGACCCCAUGGCAGGUAUCAAGAAAAUUCUCAAGGAGAGGCGCCGCAUGCCCGUGGCACCCUCCGCGCACCGCACCACACGCCAAAGAAGUUCCCCAGCGACCCAUUUUUAUAAUUCUCGGCCGGUCAACAACGUGGGACUCGCGAGCUGCAGCCCCUCUCAGAAUCCAGUAGUAAGCUCUCUAAUGACAGGUCACCCGAGCUUUGGAAACAACUUUGAUAAUCCGAAUUUCCCCGAGACCCACGUGCUCCAGCCCUGUGCUAAUAAUAGUUCGGUUUAUGCUGCUAAUAAUUCCGUGGGCCCCACCAAUCAAAUUGCGGGAAAUAACUUUUCUCAACCUCAGGAGGCGCCUUUUGUUGCAGCACCGUAUGAUUCUCCACAAGUUAGUCAGGCGCUCAACAGCAUAAAUUCGAGCCUGAGUGAAUUGAACUUGCAGGUUUUGCAGCAAUGGCAGAGCGUGUGGCCUGCUGCUGACUUUAAUAAGUGCCAGGGUGUUGUUGAGGACAGCAGUCAGAUUAAAGGGCCUGUAGACAAUUUCCUACAAGGACCAGUAUUAGCGGAUAAUUCCUGCUUUCCCGAAAGUACAAUAAAUUACGACGUGUUGGAUUUUCAGUUUGAUGAUUGGAUGUUUGAGAAUGAGUCUUUACAGGGAGCUAUGGAAGCGCCCGUGUCGCCCCUUUGGAAUGCGUUGUCACCCGAACCCACUCCAGUAGGUGAUGUCGGUAAUUUGUUCGAUAUUUGAGUUUCUUCAAUUGGUUCUGGAUUGAAGGGUUU